CCGGCUCCGCCGAGGCCUCGGCCCCCCAGCCCCGCCUCGCCGCCGCCAUGGCGGACCCUAAAUACGCCGACCUCCCCGGCAUUGCCAGGAACGAGCCAGAUGUUUAUGAAACCAGCGACCUGCCUGAAGAUGACCAAGCAGAGUUUGAUGCGGAGGAGCUGACCAGCACCAGCGUGGAGCACAUCAUUGUCAACCCCAACGCUGCCUACGACAAGUUCAAGGACAAGAGAGUGGGGACAAAGGGGCUCGAUUUCUCAGAUCGCAUUGGGAAAACCAAGAGGACAGGAUAUGAAUCUGGAGACUAUGAGAUGCUCGGAGAAGGUCUGGGUGUGAAGGAGACGCCCCAGCAGAAGUACCAGCGCCUGCUGCAUGAGGUCCACGAGCUGACGAGUGAGGUGGAGAAGAUCAAGACAACAGUGAAGGAGUCGGCCACCGAGGAGAAGCUCACUCCUGUGGUGCUGGCCAGACAGCUGACAGCCUUGAAGCAGCAGCUGGUGGCUUCCCACCUGGAAAAGUUGCUGGGGCCAGAUGCUGCCAUCAACCUCACUGACCCAGACGGAGCCCUGGCUAAGCGUUUACUGCUGCAGCUGGAAGCAACAAAGAAUAGCAGAGGGACUUCAGGGGGAAGGGCCACCGAUGGGACCCCCCCAGACAGCAGUCUCGUCACUUACGAACUCCAUUCUCGGCCCGAGCAGGACAAGUUUUCUCAAGCUGCCAAAGUUGCAGAACUUGAGAAGCGUCUGACGGAGCUGGAGGCCACUGUCCGCUGUGACCAGGAUGCUCAGAAUCCCCUUUCUGCAGGUCUGCAGGGAGCCUGCCUUAUGGAAACUGUAGAACUGUUGCAGGCCAAGGUGAACGCCCUGGACCUUGCAGUUCUGGACCAAGUAGAGGCUCGGCUGCAGAGUGUCCUGGGAAAGGUGAACGAGAUUGCCAAGCACAAAGCCUCUGUGGAGGAUGCAGACACACAGAGCAAGGUGCACCAGCUUUAUGAAACCACACAGCGAUGGAGCCCCAUCGCCUCCGCCCUCCCCGAGCUGGUACAGAGACUAGUUACCAUCAAGCAGCUGCAUGAGCAAGCUAUGCAGUUUGGUCAGCUCCUGACACACUUGGACACCACUCAGCAGAUGAUCGCCAGUUCCCUGAAGGACAACGCCGCUCUGCUGACCCAGGUGCAGACAACUAUGCGUGAAAACUUGGCCACAGUCGAGGGGAACUUUGCCAGCAUGGACAAGAGGAUGAAGCAGCUGGGGAAGUGAGCACCUGGGGAGCUGGAGAACAAAUGGGCAGCCCUUGUCAGAGCUCGCUGAGAAGCUUCCAUGGGCCGCCCUUCCCAGUAACUCACAGCCCCUUCCCACUGCACAAAGGGCAAGGGUGCUUCUUGCAUGUGGGCGUAGAGCCCUCCCCUGACAAAUAGAGUGGUAGCUGGGGGCUAUUAGAUGGGAGCCUGUCCUCAGGCCCAGUGGAUGAGGAUGAGCCCAGCCACAUGCCAGCUCAUGCCCGAUAAUUGCUUUGCCCGUUGUGUGGGAGGACUGGACCCUAUCUAUCCUCUUAACACAGCUUCUGUGGCUGGCUGUAAUACUGUACAACUGUUUCUGACCAUUAAAUGCUGUUGUACUGUGUA